AUGAAGCUGAUCCUUAUCCUCAGCACCCUCACAUCCCUCCUCACCCUCGCCGUAUCUCUACCAUCUUGGGACCAGGACCAGGACCACGGCGACAAAUGGGAUGAAACCAAAACCGACUUUGAAGACCAUUUCAACGAGCAUAACCUCUCCGCCCGCCAAUCCUACGCCUGCGACAAAUACAGCGCCGGGCUCUGCGCCUGCUUCUGCCACUACACCCAAUACCAGUACUACAAGUGCACCCCAGGCAACUGCCAGUGCUACCGCGACUACGCGCCCGACUGCUACUACGCCUACAACUACUACUCAUCCGGCGGCUAUCCCGCCCCCAACGACUACCACCCGCCGCAGCACCAAAGCUGCAAGGACUACCCGUAUUGCAGCGAGCGACCCUACAAGGACGAGGGUCAGUCGGGGCCGACGUCAACGUACGAGGAAGAUACGACUAGCGCGUACUCGACUACCACCAGUGCGGGCUCCGCAUCCGAUUCGUAUACUCGUCCUACGGCUGCCGAGGGAUCCUCGCAUGGCGGAUACCCCUCGUCCCCGUCGAAUGAACAUCCGCCAUCUGAGUCUGCGGGCGGCGUUGGCUCGUCGUCACCCAGUGGCGGUACUGGUACCGGCGGUGGUGGAAACUCCGCAGGAGGUGGAGGGGGCAGUUCUUCUUCUGGAGCCUCUGGAUCGUCGUCACCCGCUGGCGGUACUGGUGCCGGCGGUGGUGCCGGCGGUGGUGGAAACUCCGCAGGGGGCGGAGGGGGCAGUUCUUCGUCUGGAGGGUCUGGCUCCGGCUCUGGCUCCGGUUCCGCUGCUGGGGGGUCUGGAUCUAAUCCUGGAUCUAAUCCCGGAUCUGGAUCAGGAUCAGGGAGCUCUGGCAGUCGACCUCCACCCUGA